AUGCCACAGGGUCACUUCUGCCGUUCGGGUGCAGCCCAGCCCGUGCCCUGCCCUGCUGGGGAAUACCAGCCGACAAGGGGCUCUGCGUCCUGCAUUCCGUGUCGAAGAGGAUUUUACUGCCAGGAAGCAGUGGCAGGAGACCCCAAGCGCUGCCCACCUCAUGCCUACUGUCCUGCAGGCACCCAGAUUCCUCACCCUUGUCCAGAAGGCACCUUCACUCCUUCAAAUAUGACUGGUCUGUGGAGUGAGAGGGACUGCUUGACUUGCUUACCUGGCCACUACUGCAGGCGCGGGCGGCUGGAGGGAACGUGUGCUGCCGGCUACUUCUGCCUCGCUGGGAGCUCUCAGGCUACUCCACAGGGCCACGUGUUUUCCUGGCGCUUCYUGUCCGAGUGCCGCUGGGGGAAGCUCUGUGCUGGGCUCUGUCCUGCAGGUUUCUACUGCCAAGAAGGUUCUGAGUUGCCUAUACCAUGUCCUGCCAAUACCCUUAGAAGCAUCCCGGGGGCAAAGCAGAGAGAGGACUGUCUGUCCUGUCCACCAGGCCRCUGGUGCAAAGCAGGGGAGUCAGAGGCCUAUCCGUGUCCCUCAGGACACUUUUGCUCUGGAGGCAAUGGUACUGACGACAGCCUGGCGCCGCAGAAGUGCCCUCCRCACACUUACCGCCAGGAGCCGGGAGCUCGGAGCGUGGCAGAUUGCCAGGCGUGCCCUCCAGGCUAUCACUGCCCUUUUUCAGGCCUGACCAAUUUUGAAGAUCAUCCCUGCCCCUUGGGAUACUGGUGCCCUGGUAAAGGGGAUGCUUUCCUUUGCCCACCUGGCACCUCCAGGAUCCAGCCUGGGGCAGCAUCGUUGGAAGACUGUGAUCCCUGCUCGCCUGGAUAUUAUUGCCCAGAUCCAGCACAGACAGGACUGCCAAACACCCAAGGAAUACCUUGUAAACCUGGCUAUGAAUGCCCACCAGGUUCAGUGAGUCCAAUCCCAUGCAGGCCUGGCUCAUACUGUGCAGUUGGCACAGCCAUGCCUUCGACAUGCCCUGGUGGGUACUACUGUCCAGAAGGAUCGUCAGCUUACAAUGGCCCUGAGCAGCUGUGCGUGUUUCCGUACUACUGUCCCCCAGGCAGUGCCCAUCCACUGGUGUGUGAGGGAGGAUACAUGGCACUCAGUUUGCCUGGUCCAAGGGAUUCUUUUGAGAAGUUCUGCAGGAUCUGUGACGCAGGCACCUAUCGCAACGACUCCCUCAUUGCAGCCCCGUGUCAGCCCUGCCCAGCAGGCUUCAUCUGUCCACAGGGCAGUGAGAGCUUCCAGCGGCAGCCUUGUCCUCGAGGCUACUACUGCCCUGCCCUUGUGCCUGCCCCUCUGGCCUGUCCCCCUGGCACCCACGGGAGCAGCAGCUUUGCGAAGCGUGUCGAGGAGUGCCAGGCCUGUCCUGCGGGCUCCUUCAAUCACCUUCCUGCCCAGCCGGCCUGUUUCCCCUGUGGCAGCUCUUCUUCCUCUCCACCCGGUGCUGCCAGCUGUACCUGUCACGGGCUGAACCGGGCAUUCCAGCAGUCAGAUGCCUCUUGUAUCUGCCGAGCAGGUUAUGUUUACUAUGAUGAGAGGGGCAAGAAAAACCCUGACAGCAACAGUGAUCAGGACUGCCAGCUUCAGGUGGAUGAGCUGUGUGCUCCUGGAGAGGUCCGCCUCGCAUCUACACGUCAGUGUGUUUCUCCCGAGCGAUACGACUGCUCUGCUUCUUGUGGACCUGCAGGUGGAGAGAUUAAUGCGGAGCUCGGCAUAUGUCACUGCAAGCAGUAUGUGUCUGCAGAGGAGCUCUGCGACCAAGCGUGUUUGCUGAGAGCUCCACAGAUCUCCUUGAGAUUUGGCAUCAACAGAGAGCUGCUUCUGAAGAUGGGUGAAGGAGAAGAGAGGGAAUUGACAAACAUUUUGGGUCCAGAUGAACAUGUGCAAAAGAGUCAGCGAGUGCAUUUGGUUCUGUUUAGUCCCAGUGGAGUGCUAGGUUUCAUUGUGCCCAGCACGGAUGUUCUGGAUGCCUUUCUCACAGGAGAUUUUUCAUCGGACACGUUCCUGAAGGAAGGCCGUGGAAGCCRGGUGGCCUCCUCCAAAGAUAUUCAUGCCUUGCCCCUUGUCCCCAACCCUAUCGUGUGUCUGGAAACGGGAGACGCCAUCCUUUUCCAGCUGAGCAUCAACCCCCRCGAUCGUGCAGCCAGCCACUACCCUGUUUAUCAGAAGCUGCAUCUUUAUAACAGCAAUCCUGGCUGGGACUUUGGGCCCUUCCGACGGCUGGACCACCUCAUCCAAGAGACUCGCCUCAACAUCUCCUGGUUUGCCCAUGUUUUCCUGGAUUCUGGAACAUAUGUUUUCCGGGACAGGACCAUUCAGGAAUACUUCCUGAUUGUGACUGUGAAUGAGGCAAACGUGGGCUGUGACCCCAGAGGUGUGUCCUUCCAGCCCUCUUCUCCUUUCCAGCUGGCCAGGCAUGGGAUUCUGAAGCAUCAGGAACUGAAUGUAGCCCCUAACUGGGCUGCUAUCACAGCUGUACUUUUUGUUCUGGCUUUCUUAAUUGUGGUGUUGACAACCCUGGCUAUCGUGCUGCAUCCCGCUGCCCCCUCUGUUAGCCCCCUGAAGAGCUGGAAGCCACGAUGGAGGAGCCUGGGUGAGCCACACGUCCCGCCAGAGUACAUCUUCCUUAAAGACAGCCUUCAGUUCUAUCAGACACUUGGUCCGUAUUUUGCUGGAGAAGAGGCUGACUUUGGAGAGAAAAGAGCUGCACAGAAUGCAGCAGAGCAUUCUACUCUGCGAGAUCUGGAGGAUUUCAGCGUUCGCACUGUGUAUGAUAAGCUAGAAGACCAGAAUUUGCACCUCGCAUCUCAACUGGCAAAGCAGAGGAUGGAUGUGUUGGUGUUUUACAAAGGAGUCAGGCAGCAGAUUCAAAGUCUCAUGGACAUGUUGAAAGUGCUGGACUCUGAAAGUCUGAAAAACUUCACCAGGCAAAGAGCUUGUGGAUGCAGAGCUUCAGGCAGCCAGAGCACUGAAAAAUGUGAUGAGAUCUCUAGCAAGAACUUUGAAACAGUAAUGCACACAGGUGCUCCGUGGCAAGAGGCAACAGAGUUGAUGAAAGCGUUGACAAUCCUGCUUGGGAGAGUUCAGCAUAAGAACGCACCUGUGAAACAAGAGGUGGGACAGCAGGUCCCAGGACAGGAUGUGGCGGCAGAGUUGAUGCAGACCAGUGAAGGUGAAGGAGAAGUGGCGGAUGGGCAGCUGGAGGCUGCAGAAUUGGAGGAGAUGUUGGAUAAGCUAAAUGAGGAGUUUUUGGAACUGACAGUACAGAUCCUGAGAAGCCAGGAAGAGGGGGAAUUGUUGGAGCAGGAGCUAAGAAUGCACAAGGAGUCAACUGCCACACCAAGCAUCGACCGUGUGUGCAGAGCUCAGAGCUUUCCAGAGCUGCUGGAUUCUUGGGCCACAAAGAGGGAUGAAGCCCGGCUGCUUGAAAUACAGCGGAGCUGCAUUGCUCAAAGGAUUGAAGAGACAGAAGCAGAACUGCUUUGUCUUGAUACCUCUCAGUCUUGAUUGAUUGCUGUCUCUGUAAUACCCGCGGGGAGCAGUGGUAGCAGACAGGUGGUAAAGCUAACUCUGCGUGCUGUGUKGUUCCAAGUUACACUUGUAAAAGGCAGAGUGGAAAGCAAGAAUAAAGAAAAUUUAUCAAAAUUGUUCCUUGUAACAGUUUCCCAGAGAAAGGAAAUGUUUGU